AUGAAUCCAGCAAUUUUAUUGUUAUUUCUAUAUGGUUUAGUUCGGGCGGACCCUCAAGCUAUCUUUUUGAAUAAGUACAAUGCGGAUAUAGCAGCGAGUAGUGUUGCGGUGGAGGCUGGUGGAAUGUUGUAUCUAGCAUCAAAUGAUGACGUGGCAAGUCUGAAAAUGAUCACAAUCACGAAUGGAGGACUCAGUCUUACACUGAACCAACUCCUCAACCAGAACGGUCUGAAACUUGCCUCCAACCAACUAACCAUUAAGUCUACUAUCCCUUCUGCAUCUUCUGCGACCCUAUCUGGAUUCUUGUAUGCUACGACCGCAGCUCAAGCUAAUGACAACACGUUCUCGGUGACCGUGGUAAAUGGUGGUCAACAGUUUAACAGAGCAGGUGGUCAGACGACUACAGUAAUCCUCAACGUCGAGUUCAAGCAGAAUUUCCCACCGUUCGAUGCGCCUAAACGGACGACUUAUGUGACAGGAAUCAAUCAGUUUGGAAGCACUUCAUUAAAUUUCCAUCACGGUUUACCCGCAGCCGAUUAUCAAACCUUAAAGAGCAACCAGUUUUUUGAGAACCCCCAAUAUUUCGAUAACGCUGGUGGACAGGAGAAGAUUUUGUUCAAGUCGGUGGAGCCAAUGCAAGUGAAUCUUCCCUACUGGUAUAUCACAGCUGACGGACCAUACAGUAUGACAUUGGAUGGCACUUAUAGAAACGUCGUCCACAACACCACAUCUGUGAACACCACUGGAGUCUUUGUGCUGACUGAUGUCUGGCUGCCCCACUAUGUGAAUUUCGUUACGGAUCCCACUAGAAAAGGGAACACGUUCACAUUAGUCACUACUGAAUUGAAAAGAGAAGCUCAAGUCGUGUUCACAAAUGAUGAAUCAACAUUCCCUGCUACAUAUGCUCCUGGAAAUAACUUGAUACACGCUUUUAUCGGAUCCAAUUUUAAGUCUGAACGUCUUGUGGUCAACGGUACCGAUAUCUACCCGGGAACCAUGUAUUUACAGUAUUAUGUGUGGACGGGUGACUUGCUACCAACUACUACAGUUCCAACUACCGUGAGAACAUCAAGUCGUCCGAUUACCUCAACGACUGUCGCCACCUCAACAAAAUCAUGUAAUAAGUUGAAAGUAUUCUUAUCCCUGCUGGUUCUUGUCUGUGUAAUUUAA